AAUUAGCCCUUCCCGCCGUGACUGUGUAAUAGUGCGCAUGCGCACUGGGCUAAUUCCAGCCAUUUUUUGCAGGAAACUAAUUAGCAGGAAUAAAGACUGAACGGUUUUUUUCCCCUUCGCUGUCGUCCAACACCGCUUUCUCCUCUUCCGUCUAACCAAGCCAAGUCGUCUGCGUUACAACCAAAUACUCCUUUUUGUGUGUGUGUUGUUUUAGUUUGUUUGUUUUUUUGUUCUUAAAAAGGCUUUAAACCCCGUACUACGGAUAUACCUCUUCUUACUCUUUACUACUAAUAAUCUAGAAGCUAUCUGACCAAAUGGAAGUACGCGAAUGGGAUCUAUGAAGGCGGCGUGUGGACGAAGGAAGAGUAACGCAGACGUCGAAAAAUGUCUGGCUGGGAUGAGAAUGUCCAGUAACUGGGAGGAUGGAGUGCUGUGACUCUGUCUCAGAUGACAGACCCUCUGGCCCUUGUAUAAACCAGCCUCCAGGGAUCUGCAGCCCACCAUCUUCCAUGCUACUCCUCCUACAGAGAGAAAACACCUCUCAUCUGAACUCAGCCAGCCCACCUAACCAGGGUGACCCAGAGUGGAGGAAAGAAGUGAAAGGGCAAAGCAAGGAAGAACUGGGGGCUUUUGGAGAUGGACAUGAAGAGGAAGAGGGGAUUGAUAACAAACAGGUUGAUGAUUGUGCUGUGGGUGACUUUUUAGAGCGAAGAGGAGACAUAAGAGAAGGGCAUGAAAAGGGGGGUGAUGAAGCUGAUGAGGUAGAAUGUCGGAUCAUCUACCAGGCUGAUGGUUCUGCUUACAUCCUGGAGAGCCAAAGUGAGCUGCCAUGCAACGUGGUUGAAUCCUCAUCUCGUCCACCUUUUGUUAACACAUGCCAUUUCUCUUCUUCCCAAAGCUCUAACUUGAACAGCUUCCAUGUCUUCCACCCUAAGAACUGGUGCCAUCUGGCUGGUGAUAUUCUUGCUUUGCUGACCUGCCAAUCCAAAGAUAGAGCUCCUGCCAGAAUGGGUUCUUCUGAAGCUGAGCUGGCACUGCUUGGCAAAGAACAACCCGUCCUGGUGUGCUUUUUGUGUCGCCUGUCGUUCAGCUGCAUGCAUGCUUUUAGAGGUCAUGUUUCCCAGCACCACAGUAUCAUGCUUAGCAUAGAGGAACAGCAAUUGCUCUCGCUCGAGCACACCUGCGCCAUCUUGCAGCCUGUAGGCCCCAGUAACCACCCACUCCUAAGCUUCCUAGAACCAAAAACUAGCAAUGUGCCAACCAAAUUAACAACCACAGCUUUAGGGCACAACAUGGUGGCCAUGCUAAGUCAGGAGGACAGGGAGCACCUCCAGAUCUCUGAGCCAGGACUCCCUCUUCAGCCCUCUCUACCCGGAGUCCCCCUUCCUACCUCAGUGUUGAGCCCUGCCAAAGACCCUUCAACCCUGGGCAGAGAGGGCCCACAGAGAAGCAGCGAUGAUGGUGGAGGUAGCAGAGAAGGAGAGGAGAGGUUGAGUUCAGAGGUAGUUUCCACUGCGGAGGAUGGUGCGAGCAGUAUUGGCAGCAGUGGUAGACAAGGGCACAUUACUGAACCGGCUCUUUCAAACCAAAGCAAUCCCAAAUCUCCCAACUCUGUCACAGUAGCAACCAGCUUUAUGAACAACACCAAAACUCUCACAGACUCUGAGUUAGAGUGUGGAACAAGCUUUAACUGCCACGGCCCUGCUCCGGUAUCCUCUACUGUGCAAACCUCGUCCACGGUCACUACUCCAAAGGAAUUUUCCAACCAAGAGAGUGCGAUGGAAAUAGAACCAAAUAACCUGUCAGAGAAUUGCAGUGCCAUGGUAAAAGAACCAAAUGGCAAGCUGUGCAAUGACAACACGCCAGAUGUCACUAACUCUGACCUACCUAGUAACCAUAGCAAUUCUCAGUCGCCCACUGUCACCCCUCCUCUGACCCAGAAUACCAAAUCUCAGCUUGAGGAUGGACAGGUGGAUGUUGGGUCUAGGGGAAGUUUGUUAGCUGUGGGCGAGCAAGAUUUUGUAGUUGGGCAGGAAACUGUCCAGGGAUCUUCUUACUCUUUUGGGGGCCAAGUAAACAUGGCACACUCGCGCAACUCCUGCAAGACUCUGAAGUGCCCCAAAUGCAACUGGCACUACAAGUACCAGCAGACCCUCGAGGCUCAUAUGAAGGAGAAACACCCCGACUCUGAGGAUGGACAGUGUCCAUAUUGUGCCAGUGGGCAGAACCACCCACGCCUGGCUAGAGGUGAGACUUACACCUGUGGAUACAAGCCUUUUCGUUGCCAGGUGUGCCAGUAUUCCACUACCACCAAAGGCAACUUGAGCAUCCACAUGCAGUCAGAUAAACACCUCAACAAUAUGCAGAAUUUGCAGUCGCAGACACGUCCAGACGCUCCAACAGUCCAGCCUAGCCCCCUGUCUCACACGCACUCCACUCAGACCCCCUCCCCAUCUCCUUCUAAAGUACAGGGACGCGCAUCAUGGCGGUGUGAAGUAUGUGACUACGAAACCAAUGUAGCGCGGAACCUUCGCAUACACAUGACCAGCGAGAAGCAUACACACAACAUGCUUCUUUUGCAGCAGAAUCUGGCCCAUAUGCAGCGCCAGCACCGGCAAAAUGCUGCCGAGCUCUAUCCCUACUGCCAGCCCCAGACCAGGCUUCCUGACCCCACCAGUGUGAUCCAGCCAGAUGAAGACCCUCCAGAGGCACUUUUUGAAUGUGCAUUGUGUGGUAAUUUUUCCUCAGACAGCUUGGUUGCUCUUAGUCAACACCUGGCCAUGCAACGCUCACUUCCUGAUGCUGAUUGGAGAGGCACAACCGGUGACGCCCACCUUUGUCGGCUAUGCCAUUAUGCCACACCUCUGAGGGCCAACUUCCAGUUGCAUUGCCAAACAGACAAGCAUCUGCAGCGCUACCAGCUAGCAGCACACCUUCAAGAAGCCAGCAGACGCCAUGGAAACCCAGAGGAAGAGGAGGAGUGGAUGCUCAGGUGUGUUGCUGCUGGUGUCCAGGUGCAACUAAGGUGCAACGCAUGCAGUUACGAGGCCAAUAGCAUGGAGAAGCUGAAACUACACACAAUGAACUCGAGACACAAGGCCAGCUUGAGACUAUACAAGUACCUGCAGCAGUUUGAGGGAGCCGUGUCUGACGGCGGCUCUCUGCACUGUGCGCUGUGCGAUUACUCCACCCAAAACAGCCUCAGUCUGGUGCAGCAUGCCAAUUCGUUGAGCCACCAGAGAGGGGAGGGACUCCUGCGACUGCAGCGAAUCCAGAACGGCCUCCAGGAUGAAGAGGAGGAGCUCGGUGCCAUCUUUGAGAUCAGAAAGAAUCACGCUAAAGAUACUGGAAACGUGAAUGAGAUGGAGUCACCCGCUGAGAUUACCUCUGACCAGGCGGACCAGACCAAGCACGCAAGCAAAGAGGGGGAGAAAACGGAAGCACCCAUGCAUGGAGAUAAGAAACCGAAUGAGCCGUCUGUCAGUCCCAAGCGCCCUGCGUCUGGAGACACGGAUGACACCGUACCUGCAAAACGCCCCCGGGCGCAGGAAGAGAUCUCCACAGAGCAGGUCCGUCAAUGCCCAUUCUGCCGAUUUUGUCACACCGAUCUCGGCCGUCUGAGGAGUCAUGUAAUGAUCCAGCAUGCUGUGCAGCCCACUCUUCGCUGCCCGCUGUGCCAGGACACGCUGCGCAGUGUCGCUCUGAUGCGCUCUCACCUCACACACCUGCACAGUGUCACCGCAGACUGCACGCAGAAACUCAUUAACGCGGUGAUUGCUUCAGAUGUGCUGCCUGAGAAGAUGUUUCUACCAGUGCCAGACUCUAAUACCCAGCAGACAAAGGCAGAUUCCAGCUGCAAUGGAAUAAAAAGACCUGAUACUGAACAAGGUGAAGACGAAGAAGAGAGAGUGACCACAUGUCGACCAGAGAUGGCAAAAGCACUAAAGCAGCCCUUAGAAGAUGCCGAAUCCACAAAGGAAAACACUGCUGCUUUCCCUUGCUGGCUGAAAGGCUGUAACAAAGUCCUGACAUCAUCUAGUGCCCUCCAAACGCACGUCAACCACUUCCACAGCCAGAGACUUCAAAUGCCAGUUUCUGAUCGCCAUGUCUACAAAUACCGGUGCAGUCAGUGUAGCCUUGCCUUUAAAACUGCUGAAAAGUUGCAACAGCAUUCUCAAUACCAUGCCAUCAGGGCUGCCACUAUGUGCUGCCUUUGCCAACGCAGCUUUCGAACAAUACAGGCCCUGCAGAAGCACUUAGAGACUAGUCAUCUUGAGCUAAGUGAGAUCCAGCUGCAGCAACUCUGUGGCAGUCUGUUGAUGACCGAAGACCUCUUAGCCUCUGAAGACCAAGGACUUGAUGAAGAGCAGGGAACCUUUGAGGAGGAAAAGGUGAAAGAAGAUGAAGAAAGUGACCUGGAUGAGAAAAUAAGCCCACCUGAGAGUGUAUUGAGUUUAGCUCGAGAAGACGCUGAACUCAAUCCAAAGCCUUCAGUUGUGCCUCAGAGAAAAGGGCCAAACCUCUCUACAGAGAAAUUCCUGGAUCCAUCAAGACCUUUCAAAUGCACCGUGUGCAAGGAAUCUUUCACACAAAAGAACAUUCUCUUGGUGCACUAUAACUCCGUGUCACACCUGCACAAAGUGAAGCGUUCGGUGCAGGAUUCUUCGGCUGCCUUGCCAGAGUCUGUCAGCAGCAGUGCUGACCACAAACCCUUCAAAUGUAGCAUUUGUAAUGUAGCGUACAGCCAGAGCUCCACCUUAGAGAUUCACAUGCGAUCUGUACUACACCAAACCAAAGCCCGUGCAGCCAAACUUGAUUCCUCUGCAGCUAGCUCGACUUCUGUUAACCCUUUGCUUCGUAAAGUAGUUUCGGAUAACGCAACAGCCAGCUCCCCUACAGUUUUGAAGCCUACAAAUGCUAUGAACAACACAAGUUCUACUACUUCAGCAGCUCUUGACCAGACUCAGUUAAAGCACCAACAAAGCAAUGAACAUGGUCUUGUAUCAACUAUCAGCAUUUCGUCACAUUCUGAGGAGAGUAAAAAGAAACCAGUGGUAGAUGUCACGUCAACAACAAAUCAACAUAAAUUACUACAACAACAGCAGCAAUUACAGCAGCAACAGUUAGCACAGGCUCAAGCACAGAUCCAGCAGGAGCUACAAAAGAAAGCAGCUCUUCUUCAGUCCCAUUUGUUCAAUCCAGCACUUCUUCACCACUUCCCCAUCACAACAGAUACUCUCCUUCCACUGCAGCAGCAACAGCAGCUGCUGCUUCCAUUUCUCAUCCCAGGAGGGGAGUUUCAGAUUAGCCCUGAGCUAAACCUAAAAGGCUCAGAGUUAAACCUCAGCAAAACAAAGCCUGUAGCACCUGAAAAUUGUUCUGAGCCAUCCCAGCAGGGUAGCCUUAUCUCUUCAUGUAAACAGCCUCUGAACGGAGUUGCAGCUAGCACUUCCCACCAGUCUGUGAGUCUGACUCCUGAGGACAAUGUUCCUGUUCCUCAACAAGCUAGUGGACAGCUACUGACUUCUGAUUCUCAAAUUCACAAAGGCAUAGAUGGAAACAGUAAUAAAGAAACAAAGGAGUUGCAUAAACCCACCUCAAACAAUAAUAUUGAUGACUUUAAAGCACAAGAUGAGGUUGAAGAUGAGGUUGAGGAUGAGGACAGUGGAGAAUUUUUCACGGAUUUUAUUCCACCAAGGGUAGCUCAUGAUGCACCUGGAAAUGUUUCAAAAGCUUUGCUGGAGAACAUAGGGUUUGAGUUAGUCAUGCAAUUUAAUGAAAAUAAGCAGCAGUAUCAGAGAUCUCCGACUGAGGUUGUGCCAAAUGGACAGACAACGUUCAACACCAAAGAGGUGCAUAAUUCAGACUCUGUCGGGAAACUUGAGUGUGAAUCCUGUGGGAAGCUUUUUUCAAAUGCAUUGAUUCUAAAGAGCCAUAAAGAGCAUGUUCACCAAUCUGUUUUGCCAAUACAGUCAGUAGAGAAAUUUGCCAAAGACUACAGAGAACAAUAUGACAAGCUUUUUCCUUUUACUCCUUCAACUCCUGAUGUUUCUCCAUCUUUGCCUUCCCCUGCUUCACCUGCACUCCCUCCAACCGAUCCAACUCAACAGAAACCUGUGUCAUGCAUUCCUGCCUCCACAACUACAGUUACUCCCCCUACUGUCUCGAAUCCCCAAGUCCCAUUAGCGCCAAUCCCCUUACCCAUUGACUUGCCACUUUUCCCUCCACUCCUCAUGCACUCCAUUCCCCUUCCAGCUCUGCCCCCUCAACUACCUGUACAUCUUCCACCAGUCGAGGCUGGUCUCACAUCUGACUUAGCCCAGCUUUAUCAGCAGCAGUUAACUCCUGCUAUGUUGCAACAGCAGGGUAAAAGACCUCGAACCAGGAUCACCGAUGAUCAAUUAAGAGUUCUGCGGCAGUACUUUGACAUCAAUAACUCCCCAAAUGAAGACCAAAUCGAAGAGAUGGCCAACAAAUCUGGCUUGCCAAAUAAAGUUAUAAAGCACUGGUUCAGAAACACGCUGUUCAAGGAGCGCCAACGCAAUAAGGACUCCCCAUAUAACUUCAAUAACCCACCCAUAACAACAUUAGAAGAUGUCAAAGUGGAUUCCAGGCCAGCCUCUCCUGAACUUCCAAGACAAGAGUUUUCAGGAGGAAGGAGGUCCUCAAGGACCAGGUUUAAUGACUACCAGCUAAGGGUCCUUCAAGAUUUUUUUGAUGCAAAUGCUUACCCUAAAGAUGAUGAAUUUGAGCAACUCUCAAACCUACUCAACCUUCCUACUCGUGUCAUUGUGGUGUGGUUUCAAAAUGCCCGUCAGAAAGCCAGGAAAAGCUAUGAGAACCAAGGAGACGGAGGAAAAGAGAGCGAUUGCAGAGAGUUUUCUAAUGACCGGUAUAUUCGUACUGCCAGCAGCAGCUAUGAGUGCAAGAAAUGCAACAUGGUGUUUCAACGCAUUUUCGAUCUAAUCAGUCAUCAGAAGAAAGUGUGCUUUAAAGAUGACAGUGAUGACGUAUCCUGUCAUCAAAACGAGCUUUUAUCGGAUCCUAAACCUUACAGUCCGCAUGACACCUCAGGUUUCAAUCCACCACCCUCCAGUUCUAGCCUCUCAAACUGUACUGAGCUAAGCACAGAUGGAAAGCCUAAUGACCAAGAGCAGUCAGACCCUGACACUGUCUCUGUUUCCCAGACUGAGGAUCUUAAACUGGUAACAGAAGCUUCUUGUGGCCCUGAACAUUGUCUUGAAAAUUCAAAGCUCGAAGCAGCAUAUAAACAGACAAAGCGUCCUAAUGACGAGAAUAUACAGUCAUGCUCUAAAAUGAGUUCCCAAUCCCCUCUGCAUCAACACCAACAGACUAACUCAUCUAUGACCCAGACAAGCCCGGUUCCAUCUCAGAGUUCUCAAAUGAGUUCAGCAAGUCCUUCUACUAAGCAACAACACCUAAAUCAAGCACAGCAGAUGUCGCCUUACCAUUGCAUUCAUUGCAAAUUGAGCUUCCCAUCUUUUGAUCACUGGCAAGAACAUCAGCAGAUGCACUUCCUUGUUGCUCAAAAUCAUUUUGUUCCUCCACAGUUCCUGGACCGCACGAUGGAUAUCCCCCUUAUGCUUUUUGACUCAACCAAUCCUCUGGUGGCAAGGCAGGUACUUUCUGGAGCUUUUCCACAGAUCUCACUCAAUUCACCUACAACUGCAACCAUUCCAGACUCAACUAUAAACUCCUUGAAGAGGAGGCUUGAGCCCAAAUCAGGAUCUAGUGCUCUGGAAAAUGACUGGGAGCACAGCGGGGAUGAUUCCCAGCGGGACAAGCGAAUGAGGACCACCAUUACCCCAGAGCAACUGGAGAUAUUGUACCAGAAAUACCUCUUGGAUUCCAAUCCAACACGGCAAAUGCUUGACCACAUUUCCCAGGAGGUGGGUCUCAAGAAAAGAGUGGUUCAAGUGUGGUUCCAGAACACUCGAGCUCGUGAAAGAAAAGGCCAAUUUCGUGGUCUGGGUCCAGCUCAAGCCCAUCGACGCUGCCCAUUCUGUCGCGCACUGUUUAAGGCACAAACUGCCCUCGAUGCUCAUAUACGUUCACGGCACUGGCAUGAGGCAAAGAAUGCAGGAUUCAGCAUGGCAAUAGCUAGUAUGACCCAAGACCAGGAAGGCUCUCAGAUGAAAAUGGAUUUGUUCAAUUUUUCUAACUCUUCACAGAUGCCAAACACAAGUGAUGGGCUGAAUGGUCCAGACUCUCCAACUUGUAAAAGCAUGGAUCUGUCCUCACACCAUCGGGAUCCUAGUCCAAAGCCCCUAGUAAGCGGAGGAGUGAAGGACUUAGAAGGGUCAUCCACCUCAGUCCAACAGUCUUUUGAAUGUGGCAACUUAGAUAACCAUAAAGGUACUUCCAUGAACAUAGUCCCUAAUGGAACCAUUACUGAUGAAGAAAAUUACUCUGAGGGAAAACAGAAUAGCAUUGAUCACUUGUCCUGUAGUUCUGAGAGAGAGGCUUCUUCAGAAAAUGAAGACAAGAUAUCCUCAGGGCUGGUUAGCCCUGCAAUGAGUUUCAAUGCAAAGGAUUAUGAAAAUGAUUUGGUCUUGGAUUAUAGUGAGACCUCAAGCUUAGCUGACCCUGCCUCCCCCUCUCCUGGAGGUUCCAACAGUCAAAGCAUAGACAGUGAUAGGCCUGGUCAAAGACGCUAUCGCACUCAGCUAAGCAACUUGCAAGUCAAAGUGCUCAAAGCUUGCUUCAGUGACUACAAAACCCCUACCAUGUUGGAGUGUGAAGCCUUGGGAAAUGACAUCGGGCUUCCCAAGAGGGUAGUACAGGUGUGGUUUCAGAAUGCACGUGCCAAGGAGAAAAAAGCCAAGCUCAGCCUUGCCAAGCAAUUUGGCACAGAGAGUACACGCAACGAAAGGCCCAAAACAGAAUGUACUCUGUGCUGUGUUAAGUAUAGUGGCUGUCUGUCUGUGCGGGACCACGUCUUCUCCCAGCAGCAUCUUGCAAAAGUAAAAGAAGCCCUAGGUGGACAAAUAGACAGAGACAGGGAAGUUGAAGAUUUUGCAAGUGUUCCUCAUCUGAUGACUGAACCAGAGAUGAGUAAUCUAAAAAAGGCAAACGAGAUCAUGGCAGUUGUCCAAACACAGUCCACAGAGAGUUCAGCAACCUCCAGUCAUACUACCCCUCAGUAUUCAAACCUACUGACUACUGGUUUACCAGGGACUGGCAGCAAGUCAUUAUCAAGCUCUUCUUCAACAAAACCAGAUCCCAUUGAUCCCGCCUCAAACGGGCCGAUCAGCAAGCCUAACACGUCGUCUUCUUCAUCCAUGUCAGUGGCCAAUGACAAAACCCCAGUCAGCACAAACAAUUCUGUCUCACCCCCAAAGCCUAUAGAGUCAGAAUUGCAGCUCCAGUUGUCCAAAGAGAGCAACUCUGAAAAUGGCAUGAAUCCCUUGGAAAAGCUUGAAAGGGCUUCCGCUGACAGUGCUACUCAUUCAAACUAUUCUAUCAGUAAGGAAAAACAAGAAUCUUUAACACCAGCUGCAUCUACACCAAAACCUGUCAAGGACUACAACGUUGAUCUGGGUCAGCUCCAGACUCUGCAAGCAGCAGGGAACACAGAUCAGACUCCCUUGCUCUCGAAUCCCCUCCUGCCCUGUCUUAUGCCAGGAUUCCCUCCAAUGUUCUCUCCACAGAUUCCCGCAGCUCUCACUGGAAGCUUUCUGCAGCCCAUGUUUGGUAUGGACAGCAUGUUUCAAUAUAGCCCAGUCCUGCCACAGGCUUUAAUGGGUUUGUCCCCGGGCUCCAUUCUCCAACAAUAUCAGCACAAUUUGCAGGGUGCACUAAUGCACCAUAGGCUACAGCUCCAAAAAAAACAACUAUUGCAGCAAUCCCAAAAACCAAAAGCUAGCCAAAUCUCUGCUACAACAUACUCUCAGGACAUGGCAUAUAACAAAGACCUUGUCUUGAACUUAUCCAAACCAGAAGAGAAGCAAGCCAGCUCAGAUGGAGAAGGUUCCUCUUCCUUCUCCUCUGGCACCACUAAGCAACUGGAUGAUGGCUUUCUAAUCACCCAAUGUAUUGUGUCCAAAGGGGCAUCUAGAGAAGGAGGUAAGGAUGUUUGUCUAUACGACUGCCUUGCCUGUGAGAUCUCUCUCAAUGGGAAUGAAGAGCUCAUCCAGCAUCUGGAGUACCGUCAGCACAGACAGAGAGCAGUGGAGCACCUGAAUGCCAAAGAGCAUGCCUCUCGCCUCUUACCUCAUGUUAGUCCCUCAUCUACCUCGCAGCCAAACCCUCCCAGCAACCCAAAAUCCCCUUCAAAAUCUCUGCCCAAGCAGUCUGCUUCAGAUAGUCCUUCUGCCAUCUCCUGCCUAUCCAGACCAACAGAUCAGCUUUCCCAAACUCCAUCAACUUCUACAGCUUUAUCUGGGGCAGCACAAUCCAGUUGUACCCCAGCUUCUCCUUCAGUACAAGUUUCCUUACACUCAACUGUUACCUCAAGCCUGAAUGGCAAUGUAAUUAUUUUAAAACCAACAGACUCUGUUAGUGGGAGUUCCACCAAUGAUGGAGCAGCAGAGGAGAAGUCGUCCACAUAGUAUCCUGCAGCCAAAGGCUACAUGCAGACUAUUACAGUUAUAGCUGUAAUUUUAUCUGCCUUGCCACAGACUUAUUGUGUUGGUAAAAAAAAAAAAAAAAAGAGGAUGACUGGAAAGGAAAACAUACAGUGAUAGAAGAUAACUGGAGAAAACAUGAAACAAGAACCUGGUGAUAGUUUGAAAGACUUUUAAACGGACUGGAUCCUGUAGGAUAUACCUUAUGUUUCCAAUGCUUGUAACCAAAAAAGUGUCAGUAGAAUGUUUUCUCACGUCAAUAUGCUGGUCAGUUUAAACUUGAGAAUACGUAAACACUGUUUGGAAACUGAAGUGUGCACAGCUAAGGACCGGAGUAGAACCUAAGAUGGUUUUAUAAUUACCUAAUGACUAACUAACCAAAAGUCUGUUUGUUCUUUGUUUUAAAUACACUUACACAAAAAUGAGGUUUUUUUUCCCCCCCCACCAUGUACGUGUUAUAAUAAUGUAAUAUCUGCUCACUAAACUAAUGUAAUGUAUUUUAAUGUUGUCUACUCUCAGGUCAACAUGUAUUCAUUUUCUGCUACUGAACAUUGGUGUCUUGGGGAAAAAAAAGUCGUUCUGAUGCAUACCAACAGAAAGGAAAAAAGAAUUCCCGAGGGGGGGGGGGGGAGAAAUUGUUAGUAUUGGAAAUGUCACAACCUGGUUUGCAUUGUCACUGAAUCUUAUGUUUUUUCUU